AUGGGAAAGCAGCAGGCAGUCAGGAAGUCCGGGGUUGGAAGCCUCUGGAAGAACAUUUGCCCUCCUAAGGUGGAAAUUUUCGCUUGGAUGGCAGUUCAAUCCAAGGUGGCUACGAGGUCGGUGCUUGUGGGCAGAAAUAUGAUCUUAGAGGGACAGUCCUCUUCUUGCCCCCUAUGUUCGUUGCUCAUGGAAACUCCACAACACCUGUUUUUGCACUGUCAAUUUUCAUGGGUUGUUUGGUCUCAAAUUUUAGAAUGGUGGCAUGUUCAAUGGGUUUGUCCCGAUUCUCUAGAUGCCCAUCUAAGGUGGUGGAUGGACUCUAAAUUCCGAAAUUUGGAGAAAAGCCUUUGGGAAACUUCCUUCUUUGCAACGUUGUGGUCGUUAUGGUUGGUGCGAAAUGAGCAUGUGUUUAACAAUACAAUGGUGACAGCUGAGGUCGUGGUUGACAAGGUAAAGACUAGAGUUGCUAUGUGGGUAAAGGCCAAGUUCGAUAUUAAGAUGUAUACGAUGGAGGAAUUUAAGGUGAGGUUCUUGUCCUUCAAUGUUCUGUUGGAGGCUGAAGUCAAGUGUUCUCUUUUAUUUCCUGUUUUCUGCUUUAUCGCGUAA